GGGGGGGGGGGGUUUCGGACGGUUCCUCUGCGCCGAUCGGCGGUGGGGAGAUGAGAAUCGAGGCGGCGGAGGGCCUCGGCUUUUGACGCGGUGGUUGUUUUCCGAUUCGGGUUUCGGAUUCUUGGGGAUCAGUCGGCCGAUGAGCGUCGCGGGGGCGGAGUUGAUUGCGGAUCGGUCCGCGGUUCGUAUUUGCUGAUUUUGGGCUUCGCAUUGCGUGAUCCUGGUCGUGGCUUGCUCCGGUUCUCGGGCUGUUCGGGGCUUCCGCCAUGGCUUUCGUUGCGAUCGGUCGCCGGAAUGAGCCGGAGGCGGUUCGAUCCUGAGGCGUUGCUUGAUUCCGUUCGGGGGUUUCGGGCGGCGUCUGUUGAUGAGUUUUGUAGCGUCGAGGUGAUUGGGCAGAAUGAGUUCGUCGAGGCAGGUGACGGCGAGGGACCUGGCUGAGGAAGCCAGGAAGCGGAUUGUUUUUCUGGCAAUAUGCGUCAUUGGGCUGUCAUACCUCAUGUCCUUGACAAGCUCUUCUGUGUGGGUUAACUUACCCGCUGCUGCAACAUUGAUCAUUGCCCUUCGCUAUUUUUCAAUGGAUUUUGAUAUGCGAAGGAAAGCUGCAGUAUAUAACAGCAAAAAACCUGCAAGCACCACUGCAUCUCUGAAGAAUCCUGUUCGAACUCCUAAAGUUGUUACAAAGUCAAACUGGAGAAGAAAAGUGGAUUCUCCUGUAGUCGAAGAUGCAAUGGAUUGCUUUACCAGGCAUCUAGUAUCCGAGUGGGUCACAGAUCUUUGGUACUCUCGUUUAACACCUGAUAGAGAAGGCCCAGAGGAAUUGGUGCGCAUCAUCAAUGAUGUUCUUGCAGAAUUUUCAGAUCGUGUGAGGAACAUUAACCUAAUCGACCUUCUUACAAGGGAUAUUGUCUGUCUCAUCUGCACACAUUUGGAGGUCUUUCGCAUGACACAAGCAAAGAUUGAAAAGCAACAGUUCGAACAUCUCACUGUUCAGCAACUAGAUGGUGAACUAAGACGUAUCUUGGCUUCUGAAAAUAAAUUACACCCAGCAUUAUUUUCCAUUGAAGCUGAGCACAAGGUUUUACAACAUAUAAUGGACGGACUUAUCUCUUUUACCUUCAAGCCCGAAGAUCUGCAAUGCUCAUUUUUCAGAUGCAUUGUCAGGGAGCUUCUUGCCUGUGCAGUGAUGAGACCAGUCCUGAACUUAGCUAACCCAAGGUUUAUCAAUGGAAGGAUCGAGUCAUUUGUCAUUUCUAAAACCAAGGCUAAUAAAGGUGCAAUUUCAGCUCAUGAGGCGUCGCCAUCUAAAAAUGGGACGAGGGUCUCAUCUGAUCAUUUCUCCAGAUUCUUAGAUCCUACAGUAACUGGUGUUGAGCUCGUGCAGUUAAAAACAAGUCCAUCCAAAAGUGCUUCUAGCACACAUAAUGCAGAAGACAUCAAUGGAACGUAUCUUUCCAAAGAUCCAUUGCUUUCUAUGGACGCGCGAUCCUCCCGUUCAUGGAAUUCUUUGCCUGUGGAAUCCCAAAAUGGUGACGAUAAAGGUAUCUUACGACACCGCGCUGGAGGUGAGUGGGGAGAAAUGUUGGAUGUGAUCUCUCGUAGAAAAGCUCAAGCUCUUGCUCCUGAACAUUUUGAAAACAUGUGGGCCAAAGGGAGAAACUACAGAAAGAAGGAGGGAGAAAAUCGGUUGAUCGAACAGGUUCCAAAGCAGUCUUUAGCGAAUAAGGCUGUUGUCACUGAUCAUUCUAGAUCUGUGUCCAAACCCAAAGGAAAGGACCAAAUGGUAAACAACAAUCCCCCUGGAGGUGGCACCUCUUCUGCAGUAGAGAAUCCCUCCAUCCAACCAAACAAGAACUUGUCAGGUCACUCGCUGAUAUCUGUAACUGAAGAAGAUGAUGACCAGAGUCUCAUGCGUUUGGAGGAGGCUGAUUCAGCGAGCAGUUCAUAUACUUCUGAAGAUGAAGAAGCUGAGACCAUUACUGGUCUUGACUCUCCUGGAACUAAAGUUUGGGAUGGCAAGAGUAAGAGAAAUGUUGGAGUUACUCCCAUCCAUCAUCCACUGGAAACUUUUGAAGGCAGUAGCACAAGGAAGACUGGCAAAGGACAUCCUCGCUAUCAAAGAUUUUCUGGUACCCGUUCGGGCAGGAAAAGGUCUAGAUUAAGCAGCACAAAGGUGCAUGUUUGGCAGGAAAUUGAGAGAACAAGCUUCUUAUCUGGAGAUGGACAGGACAUACUUCAUACUUCAAAAGGCUAUGGGACUGACGACGCCUCUAGUGAUGACUCUGAGAAUGAAAUUUUGGGUAGAGCCAACAGUGGCGCAGCUGCUUCUUCCUCUGCACCCUCAGUAUCCCUGCUAGAAUGUCAUAUUUCGAAUACUACCACUGUGCAAAAUUCCUUGGUUGUGGAUUCUUUUUUGAAGUUAAGAUGUGAGGUAUUGGGUGCAAAUAUUGUGAAAAGUGGCUCUAAAACCUUCGCUGUGUAUUCCAUUUCUGUCACAGAUGUAAAUAAUAAUAGCUGGUCGAUCAAAAGAAGGUUUCGGCAUUUUGAGGAGUUGCAUCGUCGUCUUAAAGAGUUUCCAGAGUACAAUCUUCAUUUGCCACCCAAGCAUUUUCUCUCGACAGGCUUGGACAUAUUUGUGAUUCAAGAAAGAUGUAAAUUGCUUGACAAAUAUUUAAAGAAGCUUAUGCAGCUUCCAACAAUUUCUGGCUCAAUUGAAGUAUGGGACUUUCUAAGUGUUGAUUCUCAGACAUAUUACUUCUCAAGUUCUUUUUCCAUCAUUGAAACUCUAUCAGUUGACCUAGAGGAUAAGCCCUCUCAAAAGAGCAAAAGGGUUUCAAGUUUUCCUGGGUCAACCAUCAGUCCCUUGUCAUCCAGAAGAGAUAAUAUAGUUCCCGAUAACAAGGAGACACCAUUGCAGAUGAAGCAUGAUCCUGUGGUGGAUUGUUCCAGGCUGAAUGUGCAAGAUAAAAUUGCCAAUAGCAGGGGGAGUGAUGCCACUGAAGAGACAUCUGAGGCACUUCUUGAUGCUGCCACUGACCCAACCCUUCCUUCAGAGUGGGUCCCUCCAAAUCUCAGUGUCCCGUUGUUAGAUUUGGUCGAUGUCAUUUUCCAACUCCAAGAUGGUGGAUGGAUACGGAGGAAGGCAUUUUGGGUAGCCAAACAGAUUUUGCAACUAGGAAUGGGCGAUGCCUUUGAUGACUGGUUGAUAGAGAAAAUUCAGCUUCUUCGGAAGGGAGCCGUUGUUGCUUCUGGAAUCAAGCGUCUCGAGAAGAUUCUUUGGCCUGAUGGAAUAUUUAUAACCAAGCAUCCAAAGCGACGACGUGCUCCAUCUGUCAAUCCGUCGCAAAGUUCACCACGUGACCAGCAGUCUCCAGAAAUGCCUUCACCUAGACAGAGUGAUGAGCAGCAGCAACUGGAAGAAGAACAACGUGCAAAGUUCGUAUAUGAGAUAAUGAUUGAUAAAGCACCAGCUGCUAUUGUCAGUCUUGUUGGUCGUAAGGAGUAUGAACAGUGUGCAAAGGAUCUCUAUUUCUUUCUUCAGUCAUCGGUGAGUCUGAAAUUGUUGGCUUUCGACCUCCUCGAGUUGCUCCUGUUAUCAGCAUUUCCGGAGAUGGAUUCUGUCUUUAAGCAGCUAUAUGACGAGAAACAUAAAUUUGGCGAAUACAGAGCAAAUUAGGAGAAAUUCGCGUACAAGAUUAGUUACAGGAUCGAGUAAAGAUUUGGGUUUUUUCUCUGUUACACUGUUUCACCUUUCUAGUCUGCUAAGUUCGUUUCAUAUCUUUUACACCAGAGUUUUUCUUUUCCCCCUUGACCAUGUGAGUGAAGUGUAUACCUUGCAAAGGUCUGAAUUUUGUAUCUAGUUUUUCACUUGUCAUCAAGAGGGAAAUCAGUCUCCUGUAAAUUAUGAGGUUAUUCAAGAUGUACAGCAUUCUAAAUGUAAA